CAGAAUCAACUGACAUUGUAUUUUUUAACUCUUUACAAAUGAACAACAAAACCUUGCGUCCUCUUCAUUUAAGAAUACUCUUUCCUGAAUUACUCACUUUACCCAAAACAGAUCCUAGGCGACUAGGUCCACCGAUAGAUAUUACGAGCUCAAAGACGGUUGAUCUCGAAUUAUACACCUAUCUUGCACUUCUUGUACGAGAUUUCAUUCACCCUUGGUACAGACUCAUCACAAAUGACCAGGAUCUUACAACAGAGUUAAUCAAAGUACUUGUCUUGAUCAUCCAAAAGUUAGAAAAGAGACUUUGUUAUGAGGUGGAUUGGACUGAAUUGAUAUUGAUAGAUUUACCAAAGCUUUUAACCAUACAUUACCAUGACUACCGAGAGGCCAAAAGACGAUUACAUAUGAACCAUGGCAGCGGUUCAAGUUCAUUGCCAGACCUCUUUCACGGUAUGCAGCCUCACUUUGCACUACAGCCUAUAGAUCAUCGCGAACAAGAGUAUCUUCGACUAUUGACUGAAUCCAUUUUGCGGAUCUUGCUCGAUCCAAAAGACUUUCAGAGCGAUUGUUUACGACAAUUGAUAAGAGAAAUUCUAUCCAACUUGAUCUUGUACAAUGUGACUGAAAGCCUGACUGAUCCAUACACGAUUCAUAUGAUCAUCUGCAAGCUACUGGCACCGUUCGAACCAGAGUUAGACAAGCUUGAAUCAUCAGGAAAAUUUGCAGAAACUUAUUUUAGUGCAUUAACAAAUGGACAGUCAUUUCAAAAGCAAACAAAGACAAUCAGCGAUCAGCCAGAGGAAGAUGAUAGCUUGACAAAGCAUAUGCAGCAACUGCAAGAGAAGCGACGGCUACAAGGACAAGAGGUUACAGUAGAUGCAGAUGAUCCUAAGGGGGACUCUACUGCUGCUGAUCAUCGCCAGUUUUCAUUUGGUUAUAUCACCCUGCAAGUGUUUUUAGCUCCCAUUCGGUCCUUUUGGCUCUAUCUUGUCGCAACGGUUACACAUUCCCAGGAAAGAUACCAAAGGGUCACACAGCAUAAAAAGCAGACACGGCAAGUACGGUUGAUUGAGCCUGUGAUGGAGUUUGUGCAUAUAGCAUGUCAAAUACAGGAUAGACCUUUAUUGCAAUUUGCCUGGCAGAUGCUUGCCAUGUUCUUUUGGCCCCUCAUUCGUGUCUUUGGUGGUGGAUUGCUUAUAGACAAGUUCUUGGAGCAAGCAGUAUUACAUCUCUUGAGUGAGGAUCAUAUCGUAUUCUACUUAAGGCUUGGAACUGACCUGUUGUGGCCAAAUGGUGAAUUUAUGCAAAAGGCAGACCCACCAACUCCACUUCAGCGAGAACAGAUGCGAGUUCGGGCAGAGAGAUUACUGACUGUAGCCAUACCACAUCGUGUUAGUUCUAUUUUAUUUGAAACUAGUGACCUGAAUCAACUUCAAUCUCAUAUACAUGAUACCCUUGAACCACUUCAAAACAAAAAGAUUAACAAGCAUCUAAUGUAUCUGCUAGUGGACCUUGUGCUUUCAAAAGUGUUUCCUGAGCUUCUAGUUAGCGAACCAAGAAAAUAAAAUGAUUCAACAAAGUAUACCCAUUUUGUUAGCAAUAAAAACAACAUAGUAUUCAUACAAAACUUUUCACAAAUGGAUCCUCUUUUGUCAUGGCUGCUUAAAAUGAAGUCUAUAGUCUUGCUGUAACUCAAGCUCUGGAAAAGCGACCGCAUGAUUGAUCAAGGUUAUCUUAAAACUCUUUUUUUUUCUUUCUUUCUUUUCUCUCUU